AUGCCAGCGGACCCGCGCCCGCGGGGUCCGCCGAGGCCGCAGGCCACUCCGGCGUCACCGCCGCCCGCGAGGGCGCCCGGCGCCGCGGCCACAGCGGCCGCCGCUGCAGGAGCUGCCGCCGGCAGCGCACCGACAGCGGAGACGUCCAGAGUCCCGCCAUCUCCCGACAGCACCGUGGAGGGUCACUAUGCCGAGGGCGGGGACUGGAACGACUGGUGGCAGAGGGCGAGUUCCGCCUGGGACGGUGGGGGAAGAGGCCUUGACGCAGGCCUGUCAAAGACGGCGCCGACAUACGAGCUGCUCAAGACCGACGGCUACAGAGUCUUUCGCCGAAAGCUGGAGGUCUUCGAGCGCUGCUGCAGGAAGCGCGGCACCACCGCGGUCAGCAAGGGCGCGUUCUUGAUCAUGAACUCGCUGCAGGGUGAAGCCGCGGAGGCUACGGAGGACAUCGACCUGGAUCAGCUGGAGUCCGAGGACGCCUUCAAGCCGCUGUCCCAGGUCCUCGACGAGUACUACAAGUACGAUAACCAGACCGAGCUGCCAGCCCGCACAGAUCAGUUUUUCGGCAAGUUCGCUCGCCAGGAUAAGGAGACGAUGAAGCUUUACUGCUUGCGUCACAAGCGAGAGCUGAGGAAGCUCAAGGAGGUCGGCAUGGAGAUUCCCGACAUGCUGGUACGAAGUCAAUGUGCCAACGGCCUCAGCUGGACUAGUGUGAAGAAGGCCCUACUCGAUACAUAUGGAGCCGAAGCCGUACCCGACAAGCGCGACGUGAAGCGAGUUGAGAGGAUGCUGGUCGGGCAGGGUCAUAAGGACGACGUGCACUACACGAACGACUACGAGUGGGAGCGAGGCCUGAGCUACGAAGACUCAUACCUGGAGGAGGAAGAAUACGAUUACGACGAGUACGAGGAGUACGACGCUGAAGAGUACGAGGAAGAGGCCGACGUCGCCGACGAGCUGCCGCAGGACGUGGAAGAAGCCCAGAUCGCGUGCGACGAGGCCUACCUCAGUUUCGUGGAUGCGAAGAGGCGCGUAGCGGAGAUCGCCAAGUCGAGAGGUUUCUACCCGAUCGUCGCUGUCGCGCCCGGCAACAACUUUCAACACGGCAAGGGCGCGUCGCGCUCUGCCAAGCCGACGGGCGGCAAGGGCAAGGGCCGCAGCAAAGGCAAAGGCAAAGGCAAGGGCACCGGCUCGCGCCAGGUGUUCAGGCCGAAGGUGAACAUCUUCAACAGGCCCCCGUCGGCGACGCCGGCAGGAUCGACCGCUACUGGCUCGACACAGCAGCACGGCCCGAGGUUCAAGCGAUUCCGUGGAGGAGGUUUCGUGAAGCCCGAUUCGGAGCACGCCGCCAUGGUAGAAGACGUGGAGACGCUAGAGUACGCUAACUCGACCGAGGAGGUGUACCUGAUGUCGACUGGCAAGGGCAUCAGCGACGGCGGUGCGACGCGACCCGUCAUGGGCGACAAGAUCUGGGCGCAGUGGGAGGAGCUGCUGCGUUCACGCCAGCUGCUGCACGAGGUCGAGUACGGCAAGAGCGACCGACGAUUUCGAUUCGGAGACGGCAAGACGCUGGAGGCCAAGCGGUCCGUGACCUUGAACGUGUGGCCGUUCGGCGUCAAGAAGCAGAUCACGAUCCAUCUCGUCGAGGGGUGGACGCCGCUGCUCAUCGCCCGUCCGUGCAUGGAAGAGUGGGGUUUGGUCCAGGACUAUCGCGCCGGCACGUUUAUGAUGAAGGACCUCCCCGACAAAGGCUGGAUGAAGUCCGAGCGAGACGAGAAGGGGCACUUCAUCAUCGACCUGCUGGGUGGCGCCGGCAGGGUCACCGACGACGCGAUGAACGAGGGCGCGCCGACCGAGGGCGAGCCCAGCAGCGACGACUCGACCGACAACGAGUCCGAGGCACCGCCGAGCGAGUCCGAGGACGAUUCUGAAUCGUCCGACGUGGACCCCGACGCGUACUACCUCGAGACGGUCACCGAGUUUUUUGACAUCAGUGACAAAGACGACGUGGGAAGUGAGCGGACCCAGGAGUUUUCGGCGGCGGGUUCGAGCGAGAGCGCUAGACCGAGCACGAUGGACCCCGACACCUACACCGACCUGGCCCUGGCCCUCGAGCAGGCACACGACGGCAUGAAGGAGCUGCUCCGAGGACCCCCGCCGCGCAAGGUCUGGGAGGUAUUCGUGGACGCAGGAGGUCUGUCGCAGGCGCUGCUCGAGUACCCCAUGGUGGACGUCAUGCAGUUCCGCCUCGAGGACGGCUGGGACUUCUCCAAGCCGAAGGUGAUUAAGGCGUUCCUGAGGAAGAUCGACGUCGAGAGACCCGACGACAUGUUCUUCGCACCCCCGUGCAAGGUAUGGUGCUCGUGGCAGUACGUGAACGCCUCGCUCUCAGCAGAGCGCGCCGCGGAGAUCCACGAGGCGAGGGUUCGCGAGGAGAAGACGUUUCUGAAGUUGGUCCGUGACUCGUUCGUGAAGCAGCUGAAUGGAGGCCGACACGCCUAUGUGGAAGGCCCAUGGUCAGGAGCGCACUGGAGCACCAAGACGUGGAAGGCACUGCCGGGCCACCACUGCCGGCUGGACCAGUGCCGCCUGGGAGCCAAGUUCCCCAUGAAGGGAGUGGACAAGCCGUACCAGAAGCCGACGCGAUUGCAGUCCACUAACAAGGAGUUCGUCGAUCACAUGGGUCCGAGGUGCGAGUGCAGGGGCGAGCACGUGACACUACGCGGCAAGCUCGCACAGCAGGCUCAGAACUACCCCGCACCGAUGGCUCGACGGAUGGCUUACCUGAUUGCUUACCAGGGCAUGGCCGCCGACAUCGACGAGAUUUACACAGCCGAGGAAGUGCACAAGGACAUCGACGCCAUCGAGUACACAGACGUAAUGCAGGAGCUGAUGAAGCGCUUCAACGUCUCGACCAUCCGUGCGGUCAAGAGCGCCCACGUCAGCCUGGGACACCCCUCGAAUGCGGCGCUGGCCAACGCCAUGCGACACGCAGGUGCCCCAGCAGAGUGGAUCCAGUGCGCCAGGCUCUAUCAGUGCGAGAUCUGCCUCAAGAGACAGCGACCGCGCACCGUGCGCGUGGCCGUGCUCCCGAAGGCCAAGCGCUUCAACGAGGUGGUCAGCACUGACGUGUACUACGUUACCUGGAAGACGAAGGAGCGGAAGAUCCUAGCGAUGAUGGACGAGUUCACGCGCUACGAGGUCGACUACCCCAUCGCAAAGGAGACUUUCAAGAAGGAGAAGAAGCUCUUCGAGAAGCUCUGGAUUAGCUGGGCCGGCGAGCCCGAGACGAUGCGCAUGGACAUGGGCGGUUCGCACACGUCAAAGAAGAUGCACUCCUGGAUGAGCAAGCACGACAUCAAGCUCGACCUGAUACCGAAGGGCGCGCACCACAAGCUGGGCUUGAUGGAGCGGAACCACGCGGUUCGGAGGGAGCAGCUGAGCAAGUACCACAUGCAGUUCCCCGACGACUCGCUCAAGACAGCCCUUAGGAUGACGGCCAGCCAGCGCAACCUACUGCGGAACGCGCACGGGUUCUCACCCGCCAUGCUGGUGCUGGGGACUCAGCCCCGCGUGCUGAGCGCCCUCUCUGACGAGGACUUCGGCCUGGCCGAGCAGUCCGCGCUGGUCGACCCGAGGAGCGAGGUGCACGAGAUGAUGCUGCGGCGUGUCGCUGCCGGCACGGCCUUCAUCGAGGCCAACUGCUCGCGCGCCGUGCGCACAGCCCUGCUGGCCCGCAGCAGGCCGACCCGCCGAGAAUACGAGGUUGGCGAGUGGGUCUACAUUUGGAGACCUGAGCCUUCGCGUGGCCUGGAGAAGUGCCACUGGUUCGGCCCCGCGCUGGUGGUGGCCGUGAAGGCGAAGCCCAACGAGGACGACGUGAUGCACACCUCAGUGGUCUGGGCCACACACGGGCGCGUGAUCUACAGGUGCACGGUCGAGCAGCUACGACCCGAACUGCCAGGCGAGGCCCGCGAGCGCGAGGGCCGCAGGGACGACCCCGACAGCCCGCUCAGCUUGAUCGAGAAGCUGCGCCGCGCGUUGAAGCGGACGAAGGGCACCUGCAACUACAGGGACCUGGCGGAGGAGGGGCAGACGCCCCAGUACGACGACAACCUGGACGACAUGGGGGACCAGCCGCAGGCGCGGGGACCCGACGUCCAGGAGACAGACACGGAGGAGCCCGGCGAGGCAUCGGGGGCAGCUGCAGCGGCAGCUCCCGAAGAAGCUCAGCCUGGCGAUCCUGGUGGCGUGGAAGCAGUUGAUCGAGACUCACCACGUUCCCCAGCGGCUGACGCUGGCGCCGCCGCGAGCGGAAGUGCAUCGAGCCAUGCAGCGCCAGAGCCCAGCCGGCUCUACAUCGAGACGAUGGCCAAGAGGAGCGUAGAGGAGGCCGAGAAGCUGGAUGGCGUGCCGCUAUCGAAGCGAGCCCGCUUGACGUGGGCCAAGCUGAACCCUCCUGACGAGCACGCCACGCUGCUCGAAGAAGUAGACGACGAGAUGCUAUUGUUGGAAGAGUCCACUGCGACGGUCUACAUGCUGGCCUUCAAGCGGAAAGCCCCCACCAUCGUGGAGGGAAAGCUGACGCCCGAGGAGAAGGAACAGUUCUACGCAGCGAAGCUGGAGGCCCUCGAGGUGUUCAAUCAGAACGACGGCUGGGAGCCCAUUAACGAGGAAGACGUGGACCCAGCAGCCUGCUGUCCGCUGCGGUUCUUGCUGAAGUGGAAGAUGAAAGACGGACAGAAGGUGGCGAACGCGCGUGUGCUGUACCAGGGGAUCAAGCAUCGCGACGUCGCCGAGGGCCAGCUCGACAAGGAGGCGCCGACCUUGAGCAGACUGGGCCGGCACACGGUCAUGCUCUGGGCGCCCCUACGGAAGUGGAGGUUGUUCACGGCGGAUGUGAAGUCCGCAUUCUUGCAGGCGGAGGACGUGAGCGUACGCGGACUCAAGCUGUCGCGAGCCCGACGAAGGAGAUGA